AUGUCUAUAUUGAAUAUCAUUUCUUGGAUUAUUUUUGGAAUUGUGUGCCUUAUUGGUAUUUUGGCAAAUGGAUUUAUCGUAGUCAUGAAUGGACAGCAAUGGCUGCAAAACAAGAAAAUGGGCCCUUAUGAUAUUCUCCUGGCUAGUUUGAGCACCUCUAGAUUUUUAGCACAGUCAACUCUUCUGUUGAACAGCCUCUUGAACUGCUGCUUUCCAAAGACUAAUUUGUAUAAUUCUUUAAUAAAGUUUAUACACUUUUCCUGGAUGUUUCCCAACAUGGUAAGCCACUGGUGUGCCACAUGGCUCAAUGUUUUUUAUUGUGUGAAGAUCACCAACUUUGCCAACCCUCUCUUCCUGUGGAUAAAAGCAAGGAUCAAUGUGCUUAUACCCAGGCUGCUUGGAAUGUCAAUACUAGUUUCUGUGGUCUUCUAUCUUUUUUCAUUAGUCAGAUUUUUCGGGCACAAUGAGUGUUACAAUGCAACAGGAACUCUGCCAGGGAAUGCCAGUGAAAAUCAGGUUUGCAACAAUACUUUCAUUGUUUUUGUUCCUCUGGAACUAUCUUUUUCUUCCACAAAAUUCUGUCUGAGCACAACUGCAUCCAGCCUUCUGCUUAUUUCUCUGCUCAGACACACAAGAAACCUGAAGAAAAGUGGUCUUGGUGUGAAGGAUCUCAACACUCAGGUCCACAUGAAAGUCAUGACAUCUUUAUUGUUCUAUCUUUUUUUCUAUCUUUUCUAUUUCAUUAGUAUGAUAAUUUAUACCAAAAGCAAUAAUAAUGAAAAAUUUGACAGAUUGCUUAUUAACAUCUUAUUGUCUCUAUUUCCUUCUGCACACUCCAUUAUAUUAAUAUUAACCAAUCCUAAACUGAAAGAAAUGUCUGCUCACAUCCUAAACAUCAGACACAGAACUUGA